AUGGGGAGAACGAUCAUGGAUUAUUUGGCGAUGAAGUCCGAUCCAAUGGCAGUUGAUUUAAUUAAUUCUGAUCUCAAUGAACUCUUCAUUGUUGCUAAGCGGCUAGUGAACCACGGCGGACUAGGGUUCGGCACUUCUUUUCUAGGAUGGCUAGCCUCCUUUGCUGCCAUUUACUUGCUUAUAUUGGAUCGAACGAACUGGAGAACGAAUAUGCUGACUUCACUGUUGGUCCCAUAUAUAUUUUUCAGUCUUCCUCCUGGAUUAUUCAACUUUUUAAGAGGGGAGGUUGGGAAAUGGAUUGCUUUCAUUGCUGUUGUUCUAAGAUUGUUCUUCCCUAGACAUUUUCCAGAUUGGCUUGAGAUGUUGGGAUCGUUGAUUCUUCUUCUAGUUGUGGCUCCGGACUUCUUUGCGGAGAAAAUGAAAUAUGACGCUGGCGGAAUCGUAAUAUGUCUCGUUAUCGGGUGCUACCUUCUUCAAGAACAUAUAAGGGCUUCGGGCGGGUUUAGAAAUUCCUUCACUCAGAGCCAUGGAAUUUCUAAUACACUAGGGAUUAUCCUCUUGCUAGUAUAUCCCGUUUGGGUAUUGGUUAUCCAUUUUCUCUAGCUUAAUCGUGCGUGA